CAGUGUCGCGGCAUUUCUUCUCGGAAGCACAGUUUCUUAAAACUCUCUCUCACCAUGUCUCUUCUCGUCUCCUGUUUAUUUGAAGCAUUAUUGUUUUACUCUGAUCUUUCGGCGUUUGUGAUGACCGGCAAUUAUAAUGAGCGGCGAAAGCCGAGGGCGAGGCCGAGCAGACAAGAGUAGUAGGUCGAAGAAGCAGAGGAUAAUCCGUUCCCCCGGGGAGGAGAUCGAAUCAAAGCUUGGAUUUGAUAUCUUCUCUGAAGGCGAUAAGAGGCUUGGAUGGUUGUUCACUUUUGCUCCUGUUCUUGGUUGGCAACAAACAGCUGCAAAGAUUGGAACGCAACGCGGUGUUGCAUCAACCCAAUGGUUGAAUGAGAGAAUCUCUCUUGCAAGAUAUGCCCGUACCAUAAGGAAAUUUUGAACUUGAUAGGCCAAUUUUUGCAGCAGAUAUAUAUUUUUUUCAAGGGCAUUACAUGAUCAACAGCAGGUCCAACAUCCUAGUCCGACGUACCCUGGAGCAAUUUAUAAAAUG